GUUUCCUCCCGGCCUCGCCUGGCUCCGAGAUGAUCUCGUCUGCUCCGAUCCGCCUGGACGUGGUUAUGUUUCUGGAGGGCCAGCCUGUUUGUUGUUGCCUUUUGUCCUGCCACUAGCGAGUAGAACGUACCUCUCCCCACUCUCCGCCGGUGACUACUACGUGUGGCUACUACUCUCUCGCAUUGUAUAAGGUAUAGAGCGAGCAUCCCCCGAUGUCUGCCUACCACCCGCGCCAGUCGAGCGUAGAUCUCGAUUCCCCCGGCCGUCCGUUCGACAACAUCAUCAAUUUCCGCGAUGUCGGCCGCACCAUCAACCAAUUAGUCGGGAAGAGGGUGCUGAAGGAGGGCAUCCUCUUCCGGAGUGCCAGGCUAGAUGAUGCCUCGGAGCGUGACAAACGCCGUCUCACCGAUGAACUGCAUAUUGCGACGAUCAUCGAUCUCCGAUCUAGUACCGAACACCAAAUGGCCACCACCAAACGUCUCUCGGAACUGGCAGCCGCGUCAUCGACAUCGUCCACGCCUCCCACCUCUACCACAAACAACCUUCAUCUCAUUGAUCUCCCCGAAGUCCGUCGCUUCCCCGUUAGCCUCACCGGGAAGGCCUUUGAACGGACUCUGCUCUGGCGUCUCGAUUGGUGGAAUUUCUUCAAGGUCCUCGCCCUCGCCGCCUCAGGCUACCGCGAUGACGCUGUCCUCAUCGUCGGCCAACAAGUCAUGUCCCCUCGGGGCCUGAUCGGUCUAGGAAUCGACACCCUCGACAGCAGUUUCGGGGAAAUGAAAACCAUCUUCGAUUUAUUCUCCACUCCCACGACCCAUAACCUCGACGACCAGGACCCUGCCUCUUCCUCUUCCUCCUCUUCUUCUACUGAGAAAGACAGUCUCGACACCCCCUACCCCAUCCUCAUUCACUGCACGCAAGGUAAAGACCGCACGGGCCUGAUCAUCCUCCUUCUGUUGCUCCUGGUGGCCGAUUUCGUGCCCAUUGACGCCGUGGCGGCGGAUUAUGUUCGGUCUGAGGGCGAACUGGUCAUUGAGAUGGAGGAGCGCAUGAAGGAGGUGAGGUUGUUGGGGCUGUCGGAGGAGUAUACGAAGUGUCCGGAUGGGUUUACGGGGCGGAUCUGUGCACAUCUGGAGGAGAGAUAUGGUGGGGUUGAGGGGUAUUUGGGUCUCAUUGGGAUUGGGCGGGAGAAGGUGGAGAGGAUACGGAGGGUUUUGCUGGCUUGAGUGGGGAUGAGACUAGUAGAUGGGAGGGAAGGGGCAAGGGGAUGCUUGUACAGGUAGAUGGAGGGAGUGUGAAUAGACCCUAGACGGUUCGUACUCUCGAUGAAU